AUGGCAGAAGCCGUAGUGCCUUAUCUUCCCAAAAAUGGAGGUAGAAUUAUUAUUAUUGGAAGCAUUGCUGGAAGAAAUGCAGUUCCGCAGAUCCCCUUAUAUUGUGCAAGCAAAGCAGCAAUCGAAGGUUUCACAAGAUGUUGGGCUGCUGAGUUAGGCCCUCAAGGCCAUACCGUCAAUCAAGUCAAUCCGGGAGCCGUUGACACGGAUAUGUUAAAGGGACUUGGAGAAGGAGCCAAGGCUUUUGCAGAAAAUACGCCCUUCGAGAAUCGUUUUGGUUUGCCCCAAGAUAUAGCAGAUGUAGUUGCUUUUCUUGUUGACGAGAGUAGUCGAUGGAUCACUGGGCAAGUGAUUUCAGCUUCUGGUGGGUUGCGAAUUUUGGAAGAUAUUUUUGUCACUGUAGAAGUCUCACACGUUAUUGCAAUUGUCUAACAAGUGGAAAUAUUAAGUACAAUUUAUAAGGAUGUAUUUCAAUUAGACGAUUUGGUACUACGUGGAAGAAUAGCAAUAACGUCCAAGGAUCUGAUUAACUGAAUAACAUUGACUUUCA